CAACAAACAAAAUGGCCGCCUAGGAAACCGUAAUAUUUUGGACAGAGGGUAAAGUUUUGGGGUUUAUUAUAAGUCAUAUUUUGAACAAUGGACCGUGACAGGGCUGCGGAAGCUCGUUUUACUACGAUAAUCAACUGUUACUUAAUCUGGAUAUUAAACUAUUGCAAUGACGCAUGCUAACUAACUGGCAGGAAAUCAAUGAAAGUUGUGCCUGGGGUGCUCUGCCCUCCAUGAAGGACAAAAAUGAGGACAGUGGAUGAUGUUAGUACAUAAACAUGCAACAGUGUUAUACUCAAAACACCACCAUUUUCUUUUCGGAAUGUCUCGGAAUGUGUUCGUGGUUUAACAUCAAGCAAUGGUUUUGAAGGUGUUCUUCCCUCAAUGCUGCAACCGUGCAGCCAGCGGUCUGCUAGUAGGACGAUGGCUCCCUCAGCAUAACUCGGCCGUUGUGCUGGCUGUCAUCCAUUAUCCUUUUAUACCAAUCCAAGUCAAAGAGUACAUACGGCAGAUGGGGAAGGAGAGCCACGUGGAUCUGUCCAUUUUGGGCUCAUGGAGUUUGCCACAAGAUGGUGAGGAGGACAAGGACAGCUUCCAGGAUGGCCUGAGCGCCAUCUUUGACAUGCAGCGCUGGCUCCAGGUCAGUCGGCGCCUGGGCCACAAGGGCUUCACCUGCCGCGUCCUGGGAGAAACUAUGCCAGAAAAGGAGAAGAAGAAGAGUGAAGAGAAGAAGGAAGAUGAAGCUGAGGAGAAGGUGAUCUUUGUCCACUACGAGCAAAGAAAAGUGAUGUUGUCGCAGCUUCAUCCUGUCCAGAACGGUGUUCCGGACUCCCGAGAUGAUUCGCUGUCUGAGUUGAGACAGGUGUUCCACACGGUGUCCAGUAGCGGUCCUCUUUUCUUCCUGGACAAAUACGAUGACAGCCCCUUAAAGUCUACCCACUGGCAGUCAGAUGGCCGUGAGGGUAGCAUCAUCGUGGAGCUAGUCAAGCAGGCUUCCGUCCCGCUCUGUGCGCUCCUCAGAUGGAUCUUGGCUGUGUGGACCUGGAUCUGCGCCAUGCGGAUUUUUGGACUUUUUCCGCUGCCCUUCCUGUGGUCCAAGUUGUCAUCGUGUGUGCAGUUGAGCUACAGAACCCAACACCUCAAGACGCUAACAGAUGGCAGUCAAUCGCAAUUACUCAGAAAGGCCAACGUGUUUGUGUCAUUCCUGGUGGACAUUGGCCUAGGUCUGUUUCUCGCGUCCUGGCUCUACAGGGACCAGCACAUUAGCAUGUUAGCCGACAAGCUAGUGCCCGCUGCUGACCAUGUUGCUAAGGAGCUGGAGGAGCUUCUCCAGUGGCUGAUGGGUGCCCCUGCCGGGCUUAAGAUGAACCGGGCCCUGGACGAGGUGCUGGGACGCUUCUUCCUCUACCACAUCCACAUGUGGAUCAGUUACGUACACCUGCUGUCUCCCUUCGUGGAGUCCAUCUUGUGGUACGGUGGCCUGUCAGCGUGCUUGGGUUUGACCUUUGCGCUGUCUCUGCUGUCCGACAUGGUGGCGCUGCUCACCUUCCAUAUCUACUGCUUCUACGUCUACGGAGCCAGACUGUAUUGCUUGAAGAUCUACGGCCUCUCUUCUCUGUGGAGGCUCUUCAGAGGCAAGAAGUGGAAUGUCCUCAGACAAAGGGUUGACUCGUGCUCCUAUGACCUCGACCAGCUCUUCAUUGGUACUCUGCUCUUUACCAUCCUGCUCUUCCUACUGCCUACGACAGCACUCUACUACCUGGUUUUCACACUGUUGCGUCUCGUGAUCGUGCUGUUCCAGGGCGUUAUCCACCUUAGUGUGGAUUUCAUCAACUCCUUCCCACUUUACGCCAUGGGUCUUCGCAUGUGUCGUCCAUACAGACUCGCAGAGGGUGUGAGGUUUAGGGUACUUAGUGAGGAGCCAGGAACGGCUCUUCAUUUGCUCAUGGAGAUUAACCCGUUGAAAAGCAGCGUGGUGGUCGAUACGUACCGCACGCCCACUUACAGCUGCUACCCCAAAGACUCAUGGAGCGCCCUUAUCAAGAAGCUCUUUGUCGGGGAGCUCAUCUACCCGUGGACGUACAAGAGCACCAAGGGCCAUGCCGCCAAGGCUGACUGACGGAAGAACAUAAAAUGAAUAAGUCAUGAAAUGGAAACAGAUGGACGCAGGCAAGAGACAGGAAAUGGAAAACAAAAGCAAGAGACACUACUACUACUACUACUACUAUGGUGACUCCACACAGUUCAGGAAUUGGAAAGGGACCAAUCGUUUUACCAGCAACACUUACUCCUAAUGAAAUACUAAGUAGAAACACUCCACACUGACCUCCUAACACGGAAAUUUUUUAAAGUUAACUCCUUGACUGCCAUUGACAGUGUUUUAAUAUAAAAUGUAUUUAACUAAAAUGACACAUGAUCUAUGAAUACUAUACAUCGACCUGGACUGGGAGUGAAUGAGUUAAAUGGACGUCUACCACUGUCUAUAGCACUGAACCAUCAUUAACUGCCAGCCAGUCCAAAUAUAUUCGAAGUCUAUUGCCUUCGAUGGCAGACAGUGAGUUAAAAAUGUAUGCUGACAUUUAAGGUGAAGAUAUGCCGUUUCUUAAAGUCUUUUCUAAUUUUAUUUAUCCAUAUUUUUCAUGUUGUAAAGAUUAUGCAAGUAGUUUAGUGAAAUGAGCUGUAGAACAAAUAUAUUAUAAAAAUAAUAAUUGUUGAUGUGCUAAAGUCUUAAAAGACAAUUUGAUUUUUUUCUUAGCCACGUUUAAUUGUCUAUUAUUUGACUUUUAUACUUUUUUAAAAUCAUAAAUCUAAGUUUAUUCUAAAUAAACCAAACAAGACACGCUGUGAUUUUGUUUGUUUGCUUUUUAGUAAUUUAAAAGAGUCGUUCAGGACUUGUGCAUCUGAAAAUGUUAUGUUUAAUGCAUUGGUAGUGGAGAAAUUGUCUUAUUUGUGACUGAUCUGUACUCUUUUGUGUUGAUUUUUCUUGUUCUUAUUUUGAGGCUUUGCCAUUAAACACGAUAAAAAUGUGUGCUUCAUUAUAGCAGUCUUAAGAAUGUCAUAUCCGCCCAAUGACAGAAUUUUCAUCACAGUGAUUUGAAGUCAUUUUUGUAUUGAUGUCACUCGUGAGAAUUGGUUCUCUUGCCUUUGUUUUGUGCCACAAUUUGACCAUUGUUGUUUCCCC